AUGAGACCGCCUGGUGUUGCGAUGGAAAAUCGCUCCCUGGAACCGGACAUCUGCGUGCACAAUUACUAUCGGGCCUUGCAUAAUGCUCCACCCUUAACUGUGAACCCCCAGUUGAGUCAAAUGGCCACCAAUUGGGCACACUAUUUGCUAGCAAAUAAUUUCCAGAAGCCUAUUCAUAGUCACAACGGAUUUGGAGAAAAUAUUUACUACGGCUACCUGUCGAAUUCGGGAGGUGCAGAUGCAGUUAGAGCAUGGUACAAUGAGAUUUCGUUAUACAAUUGGAAUUAUCCCUCGUAUAGUGAGCAGACGGGGCAUUUUACUCAGUUGGUUUGGAAAAGUUCCACUGAGUUGGGCAUCGGUGUUGCCCGGAGGGGCGAUAUCAUCUACGUUGUGUGCAACUAUAAUCCCUCUGGAAACUACGAAAACCAGUUCAGGACAAAUGUAGCUUAUCCUAACUAUGUAUAUAGAAAUUAA